AUGUCAGUAACCUUUAAAGGCUGUUACACCGUGAAGCCCAUGGAACCAACAUGGUGCGGUCGCUUAGCCUUAUCUGAAUGGGACCAAACUGGAAUUAUAACUCACGUGCCCACUAUGUACUUCUACCGCCCCUCAGGUGACUCCUCCACCAUCGCUGCCACCUUGAGAGACUCCUUAAGCCGAAUCCUCGUGCCGUUUUAUCCAUUAGCCGGUCGUUUACAAUGGACAGACGAAAACAACGGUCGUUUAGAGCUCGAGUGCAAUGCCAUGGGGGUUAAGUUCAUCGAAGCAGAGUCCUCGCUAACAUUAGACGACCUUGGUGACUUUUCACCUUGUUCAGAGUACCAACACCUCACCCCGAGUGUGGACUACACACUCCCAAUUCACGAGUGGCCUUUGUUUCUAGUUCAGCUCACGAGGUUUGCAUGUGGUGGCGUUUGUAUCAGCCUCCAAUUCUCACACGCGGUUGGGGAUGGACCGAGCGCUCUUCACUUCAUUUCAGAGUGGGCGAGGCUCACACGCGGCGAGCCUCUGCAAACGAUGCCGUUUCUUGACCGGAAAGUGCUGCAUGCGGGGGAGCCUCCGUUAAUGAAAGCAAACCAGGGUGAUAGGGGGUUCAAGCUCCCUAGUUUGCUUUUGGACAAAAAAGAAGAAAAACAUAGGACAGAGAAGAAGAAGAAAAACUCUUUGGCUACCCUCAAAGUAAGCAAAAGCCAAGUUGAGAAAUUGAGAAAGGAAGCAAACGCGAGUUUGGACGGUUCUAACAACGGUCGUGGUUACACGAGGUAUGAGACUAUAACUGGUCACAUGUGGAGGAGUGCAUGCAAAGCAAGGCGGCACAUACAUGACCAACCAACGCUGUUAGGUGUGAGUGUCGACGCGAGGCGUCGCAUGCAACCUCCUCUACCAAAAGGGUAUUUUGGGAACGCCUCUUUCGACGUGGUGGCUACCGGUGUUGCCGGUGAUCUAGUGUCGAAGCCUUUGGGAUAUGCAUCAGGGAGGAUAAGGGAGGCGAUUGAGAAGGUGAAUGAUGAGUACGUAAGGUCAGAGAUUGAGUUCUUGAAAGGGCAGAGGGAUUUGAAGAAGUUUCAAGAUCUUCAUGCCAUUAGGAGUGAGGACGGGGAUUUUUUUGGGGACCCAAACCUUUGUGUGGUUAGUUGGUUAGCGUUGCCGAUCUAUGGGGUUGAUUUUGGGUGGGGAAAGGAGGUUUUCAUGGGUCCAGGGACGCAUGACUCUGAUGGAGAUUCUUUGCUUCUUCCUGGUCCAGAUGGAGAUGGAUCUUUGCUCAUUCCUAUUUGUCUGCAAGAGAUUCAUAUGGAGGCCUUUAAGAAGCAUUUUUAUGAAGGCAUUAUGUGA